GAUGGAAAGAAAUCCAGAGAAAUUUAAAAAUGAAUUCCAACCUUCAUAGGAUUUUAGUUUGAAGUAAGGAUAGAAAAUCUAAAUAUCUUUGGGAGAAGGAAAUCAAUAAAAGAAGUAAAUAUAGUAAAAAGGGUAAACCAAUUUGUCUGAAUUUAAAUUUGCACCUCCACCUGAUGCAGGCGAUUUUGGUUAAUUUUCAUAACCAGUUCAACAACAACCAACUUAAACAGUGUAAAAUAGCUGGGGUAACUUUGAUUUCAACUCUUGGAAUCAACCAAGUGUACCAUAGUAGAAUGCAUUCUAACAGGCUCCUCCACAAUAGUAAUAAUAAUUUGGAUUCGGAUAACAAUAUCAAUCAUAGCCUUAAUAAUAAUUUAAUCCCUAACCUUAGGCAUUUACAAACUAAUCAUAACCAUAAUAAUAAAAUUAAGCAAAGACAAAGGAAUUGAAUUUAUUGGAUUUAUGAAUGCAC